UUUGUUAUAGAGUUCAGAGAAUUUAGUUUCUUUAGUACAGUGGCAAUUUUUAAGUGUAUCUCAUAUUUGUUCUUAGAUGUUGACGAAUGCUCAACCAACGCGCAUUCUUGUCACUCAAACGCGUCUUGUACAAACACAGUUGGCAACUACACUUGUUCAUGUAAUAGUGGUUUUGUAGGAGAUGGCAGAAAUUGUAACGAUAUUGACGAAUGCUCAACCAAUGCGCAUUCUUGUCACUCAAACGCGUCUUGUACAGACACAGUUGGCAACUACACUUGUUCAUGUAAUGAUGGUUUUGUAGGGGAUGGCAGAUAUUGUACAGAUGUUGACGAAUGCUCAACCAACGCGCAUUCUUGUCACUCAAACGCCUCUUGUACAAACACAGUUGGCAACUACACUUGUUCAUGUAAUGAUGGUUUUGUAGGGGAUGGCAGAUAUUGUAUAGAUGUUGACGAAUGCUCAACCAACGCGCAUUCUUGUCACUCAAACGCGUCUUGUACAAACACAGUUGGCAACUACACUUGUUCAUGUAAUAGUGGUUUUGUAGGAGAUGGCAGAAAUUGUAACGAUAUUGACGAAUGCUCAACCAAUGCGCAUUCUUGUCACUCAAACGCGUCUUGUACAGACACAGUUGGCAACUACACUUGUUCAUGUAAUGAUGGUUUUGUAGGAGAUGGCACACAUUGUACAGAUGUUGACGAAUGCUCAACCAAUGCGCAUUCUUGUCACUCAAACGCGUCUUGUACAAACACAGUUGGCAACUACACUUGUUCAUGUAAUGAUGGUUUUGUAGGGGAUGGCAGAUAUUGUACAGAUGUUGACGAAUGCUCAACCAACGCGCAUUCUUGUCACUCAAACGCGUCUUGUACAAACACAGUUGGCAACUACACUUGUUCAUGUAAUAGUGGUUUUGUAGGAGAUGGCAGAAAUUGUAACGAUAUUGACGAAUGCUCAACCAAUGCGCAUUCUUGUCACUCAAACGCGUCUUGUACAAACACAGUUGGCAACUACACUUGUUCAUGUAAUGAUGGUUUUGUAGGGGAUGGCAGAUAUUGUACAGGUUUGUAUCUUACCUUACAAAUAUCAUGGGUGCAAUUUAAAAACAAAAAUGAGUUAUGAACGUCUUUUUAAAAAAUUAUGGAAUUGUUUCGUAUUGGCCAUGUGUCCUUUGUUAAUUUUUGUCUUUUUUCAAAUACAAGUCAGUUAUUCCUUUAUUUCAAGUUGGGAUUGUACCUUAUUUUCUUGAAAAAAACCAUGUUCUUUCUAUACUUAUUCUCCU